AUGAUUUGCAGGGUGUUGGCGUCCUCAUAAGACAAAAAUACCAAGGCUUCUUUCACUCCUAAGAACACGAAGAGUUUACUCACAGCGUUCCUUAAAAGAAAACUAAACACAAGUGGGGCCACUUUUUAUAGCUUAACAUACUUUCCUGAAAGGAGCUUCUGAAAAAAAUGUUUCUAUACAUCACUUUUAUCUGUAGCUGUAGAGGCGUAAUUCACAAGGAGCGGCUUUAUGAACUUUGUGCACACCAAUGCAGCAAGAUCCUCGUGGUGUUGAACGUUGGAGCAGUGGAGAAGACCCGACUCUGAAACAGCUGGAACAGCCACUUCUAGAGUUUUCAGGUGCUUCUGAAGCAGUGGUUUCUCUUCAAGAGCCGUUUUAACAAAGCGCCGCAGGGUCUCCUACACAUGAAGCAGUUUAUCAGAAGGGUAUAGCAACCCACCUCGGUCCUGGUGCUAAGUCAGCUGCUGCAGUGGUUGCUUGGUCAAUGGCUUCGAUGUCACUGCACAGCAGCUUUCACAAUCCAUGUGCUCCCUAACAACACGGGCAAUAUAGCCAGCUACACAAACAAUUGCAGACAGCUGCAGUGUUGGAAAACUUGGUAUACUCGGAAGCGUUAGGCACUUCAGCGCAUUGGCAGCUACUACAGGAAGUUCAGCUGAGCCCUCACAUGCUUGUGUACUUGCAGGCAAAACUGCUUUGCUCGGUCCAGUUUCUUCAGUGCGGACAACAUUGCUGUCUUGCGAUGUAGCUGCAAUGCUCGUCUUCAGAACUUUUCUAGUCCAGAGAUUGCAGCUCGGACAUCCAGCUGGUCAUUGCAGCCUACUGAUCGCUUCAGUGUCCCAAAACAUGAUUCGAUAGGAUCACUGUACUGAACUUUCUUGUUAAUACAAAAUGGACCUUUUCUGUCGAGAAGGCAGCGAAUACUAUACACAGUAGAGUAUAUUGUGAGCAGAAGUGCUUCAUAGGUCUCUGCAGGCAAAACUGCCUGCAGCUCGUGGUCCAGAUGCCACCCACCGUUGGUCAGUUCAAAUCACGUGACGCCGCUUGGAUAAUUGGUCGCGGGUAAUCCAUCCCACGACAGUAUAGGGUCGUGCCCGAGCAGCCCGAACAGCGGAAUAACCAGAAGCCGAACAGAUUCAGUUGCCAUCUCUGCUGGGAUUUAUAUCGCAUGUAUGCCAUUAAUUAUUUUAUUUUUCGUUAUAUUUUUCUCAGCGGAUUUCCUUUUCUGAAUUUAGUUCGACGAUUUUGUUAUUUACAACUACUGACUUCAUUUGCCGCAGUGAGGCCAAUUAUCCUCGUGGGAAUGUGCCAUCGUGCAAGAAAUCAUAAACAGCAACUUUUUGGAGACUCCGCGUCGUAAUACUGGCCUAAGUUUAUUUAGAACCAUUGCAGUCUCACUUUCAGCGUUGGAGCUAAGCUACAGCCAUCCGAACGUUUGCCGCGCAGUCUUUGUUUACCUCUGCGAACCAAUAUAAGGUUGCCUUGCUAAAGAUUUCCUAUGUUAAUCGUUCUCUACCACAUUUCCACAAUUUACUCCUUCACCAAAUAAUCCAGUUCAAAUACUAAAAGACAAAUUGCAUAAAACUGAGCUCAAAAUCUCAUUUGCUUCCCUUUAAUUAUUGAUAUUAUAUUUACUACUUUCAUCGUUUAUAUAAUCUGCACCUAUAUGUGUAUUGCGCAUUACUGCAUUCGAUUUAUGAUCAAUUUUUUCUCGCAUCUUCGUUUAUAUUUUUCUUACCGUAAUACCAUCCAAUUCCCGACAUAUCCUCCCCCUUUCCAAGGAGUUUGUGCCAUUCCUUAAGGACAUCAUCAUCAUCAUCAUCAUCAACGAGGGCACGCGCCGCGCGAGCCCAGAAGAAGCUCUUCGACUCCGCAGUUCGGACGCGGCUGCGCUCCGCUCCUUCGAAAACCUGCCGGGACGUCGCCUUCCUGCCCGAACGCCCCGCCCCCAUUUCGCUCCAGCAUGGCGAGCGCCGAAGACGGGCGCGACACGCCCCAGCGCGCCGUCUCGUCCGAUCCGACGCCGCCUUCCUUGCCUCCGCGAUCGCCAUCCUCCGAAGACCGCGACGAAGCGUCCAAGCUGUCCAAAGGCGACGAAGACCACGACCAGCUCGUGGUCCCUCUCGUCCUCCAGCACGCCGUCUCGUCCCAUCCGACGCCGCGUUCCUUGCCUCCGCGAUCGCCAUCCUCCGAAGACCGCGACGAAGCGUCCAAGCUGUCCAACGGCGGCGAAGACCUCCAUCAGCUUGCGGUCCCUUUCGUCCUCCAGCCGGAGUCGCCCGCGUUGGCGUCGCUCCCGCGGUCGCCACUCGACGGUCAGCCGGAGACGCCCUGGGUGUCGUCCGUCGGCGAAGAGGAGACAGCGACGCGACCUUCGCACCCGCCGUCGUCGACGUUCAUGUCCCCGAUGUCUGCAGGUCUGCAGGAGAGCGGCCAGACCUCGGCCAUGGCCGUCACGGCGACCGGGACCACGGCCAUGGCCAGCACGACCGCCGGGCCCUCGUCGCCGCUGGACCAAGUCCUCAUCAUCGGCCACGGCCGGUUCCAGAGGAUCGUGCUGGCAUGCACCACGCUGGCCUUCUUCGCGACAAUCGUGCACGCGCUCGCCUCCACCAACCUGGCGAGACCCGUGGACCACUGGUGCAGCCCUCCGGCCGAGUACGCCUUCGUGCCCGAGGACACUUGGAGGAACCUCAGCAUCCCGGUCGAGCGAGACGGCUCCGCGACCCGCCGCAGCCAGUGCCACCGGUACGAGCCUCCGUUCGAGCACCCUGCGGGCGACCCUGACGACGUCGUCACGCCUCCGGAGAACCGCAGCGUGGUACCCUGCGACGCCGGCUGGCACUACGAGAACGGCGCCAGUUCGGCAUACCGGUUGCACCACGGCGACUUCGGCUUCGAGCGCGAACACUCCAUCGUGGUCGAGUGGGACCUGGUGUGCGAUCGCGGCUGGAUUGUGUCCGCGCUCACGGCUGCCUACAUGGCCGGCGGUGUGGUCGGGGCUCCGGUCGCGGGCAUAGCGGCCGACCGCAUCGGUCGUCGGCCCGUGCUGUGCAUCUGGUUCCUGCUGCUCAUCUCUUCCGGCACCAUGCUCGUGUUCGCCCACAACCUUCCCGUGUUUGCCGCGCUCCGGUUCGUGCUGUCGGCGGGCGCCUCGGGAGUGCUGGUGGCGUCCCACGUGCUGCUCUUCGAGGUGACCGACACGGAGCACCGGGUCUCGUACUGUGCCAUGGCCGUCGCGGGGGCCACGUUCGCUGCGGCCAUGUACGCCGAACUUGUCUACGCCUACAUCCGCAACUGGCACGCUGCACAGGUGGCCUACAUGGCGCCCACGUGCGGCCUCAUCGUCACCGUGUACCUGAUGGAGGAGUCUCCCUGCUGGUUGCUGGCCGUGUCCGACAUGUGCUACGCCGAGGACGUGCUCGCCUGGGCGGCCGGUGUCAACCAGAUCGAGCCGGGCCUGUUCAAGCACCGCCUCUCCCUGCUGAGGGUCGAGCUGAAAAGGCAGCGCGAACAGCUGGGGGUGCAGCCAGAGCCGGAAGGAGCCAUCGUCUCGGACCACGAGGUGCGCGUCACGGACCUGCUGUCCAACCAGACCAUGCGCCAGCGGUCCGUCGUCAUCCUCGGCUGCUGGUUCCUGGUGUUCGGCACGUUCUCGCACCUGACCACGGCCCGCACGAUGCGCACGAACGAAGCCGCGCGAACCGUGCUCGUGCUCCUGCGGCUGCCCUGCGUGGCGGCGGACGUCUACGUCCUCAAGCGCGCCGGCCGGCGCCUCUCUCUCUCCACCAGCAUGUUUGCCCUGUCCCUCGUACACGUCGCCCUGUCCGCCGUCAUCGUCUUCGGCGGCAACGACAAGCUCGCCGCCGCGCUCGUCGUCUCGGGGCUGCUCGUCUUCGACCUGUCCGCCAUCACCGUGUUCGCCUUGUCCGCCGAGCUCUACCCGACGGUGCUGCGAGGGGCGGCGCUGGGCUGCUGCUACAUGAGCGGCCGGCUCGGUGCGUUCGUGGCGCCGUUCGUCGACGAGAUGCGGUCGCCGCCACUUAGGGGCGCUGCGUACGCCGCCUCCGCCGCCAUGUUGCUGCUGCUGAGCGCGAUGGCGUUCGCGCUGCCGGAGACGAGGCAGCUGGCGCCCUCGAACACGGUGCAGGGCAUGAUGGCGAUGGAGGACAAGUGGUUGCUCUACUCUCCGCUGCGCGUGGCCCGAAGCGGGGGCAAGCACCGGCGCUCCAGGACGCCCUCGCAGGAACGCACUCAGUCGCGAUCGCGCACUCCUUCCUCCGUGCGGCAGCUGAGUGUAUACAAGCCGGCCACCAUCAGAUGUGAAACAUAGUUCCAGCGCACAAUUGAACAAGGACGAGGAGAGAAAGACAACACGAACGCCGGUUCCCUCCUCGUCCUUGUUCAAUUGUGCGCUGGAACUAUGUUUCACAAUCCUAAUCAUAACCAACUAGCCCAGCUGUCCAUACUUGGCACCUUCAGAUGAUGCGCGCCACUAUUUCCAGAGACCGUGCUUUGCGUGUUCUUUUAAGAUUUUAUGUCGCGUUGAUUUCUAUCUAGACACAUAAGGCAUUGUUGACGAAGUUGGACAAAUCGCGAGUGGCGCCAAAGUUUUCUUUUUUCUUUUUAAUGUUGAAUGACUUAACCUGAACUGCAUGACGCGGAAGCGGAGAGUUCGCUUUUUCACUGUUACCGAACAAGUCAAUGACAGUCGCCUAUCGGUUAGUGCGGUUCUGAUUCGAUGGCUUCUGGGCGAAAUGCAAUCGAUAUGUAUUCACUUGGUCACGGUAUAGCAACUGUCGACGCCAAAAAUCUAGUAAUUAAGACUUGUGAAGCAGCGGCAAAAGUCGCAAGUCGCGUCGACAAAACGUCGAUCGUCACGUAUUUUGCUUUGCCUGUAAUAUUUGAAUAGGUUUUUCAAACAAGGCGCAAGGUGCAUUGACGACGCAAGCAAAGUACUGCAGGUGGAGGCCCGAGGUGCGCUGAUGACGGUUCCAAUCAUUAUAUAAGCCGUUAUCGCUCUUCAGCGCGUUAUUCAUCCGCGUGAAAACAUUGGAGACUUUUAGCGUGUUUUUGCGUGCGGAAGCUGACGCAACACUGGACGAAGGUUUUCAGUUUGGAUAAGGGGAUAAAGGGAUGUGAUAAGAAGUUGGUUGUGGUGUGCGAGGCGCUUCCAUCUACAAAAGCUGGGAUAAUCGUGGGGCAUGGAGGGUUUCUCGCACCACUAUCCACAUCAUCGCUGCGCUCAAGCUUCCUUUCCUUCUUGACAUCACUAUCUCUCUUCCAGCAGAAACAAUAGCAAGGCGCUGGCGCCAUACAGUACGCAUAUUAAACGUCCAGGAACAAGAAAAAAGAUCACACAGAAGCUCCUCUGGGAGUUAAACUCUGCGUAAGCGUUGUGCCACUAGCUCAUCUCCGCGCAACCCGGUGUCGUUACCAAUGUUAUGUAAAUUGAUUAGGCCAUUACUAACUACAGCUCAGUGGCGACACGAACUGGUACCGACGGUGGCGCAAGGAGCAUUGACGACGCAAGCAAAGUACUGCAGGUGGAGGCCCGAGGUACGCUGAUGACGGUUCCGAUCAUUAUAUAAGCCGUUAUCGCUCUUCAGCGCCUUAUUCAUCCGCGUGAAACUUGGAGACUUUUAGCGUGUCCGCCAUUCCGGCAAACGGGGGUGGUUUGGGCGGAUUGCCGGAUGGGCGGGGGCAACGUGAGCGGCCGGAGCGGUGCAGCCAACGUGGUGCCGUGGCUAGAGCUCAACCAGACAAACACAGAGCUCCACACGAUCGCGCCGCUGUCCAAAAUUUACACCAGCAGCUAAGCAGAAUAUAUGAAUUGGCUCCGUGUUUGUGUGGUUGAGCUUUGAGCCAACAGCUGGCGCCACCAAUCUUCGCCCCCCCCCCCCGUUCACCCGGCAAACCGCCCGCGCUUGCCCGAAUACUGGACGCAAAAUUCGCUGAGCGUACUCAGGCGGCGGCUUCUUAUGGCAAUGCCGCGUGGGCCGCAGCUUGAAAGCGACCUGCGGUGCCCACAAAACAGUGCCAACAGCUCAUAGCUUCGCGCGCUGUGUUUUUGCCGCUUACAUAGUCUUAAAGAGACGCGCGCGCCCGCUUGACUUAAAGCGAUUUGCGAAAGUUGCAGAACUGGGAGCACCGCCAGCGCUGUGUUUUCACCGCUUCGUUUCUGUUGAAGCCGAAGGCAGCACAAUGGCAAAUUCGUCCGCUACUGCGGGCGGUAUCUCGAAAGCGGUCGUCUUAUUACGGGACGGACGAAGGGACGGUUUUCUCUUUGGGUAAGCACACAAAUUAAGCUUAAGAUAAUCUUAGGGUAAGCAUAAGCAUUCAGAAUUAAAAUUUACCUACACCGACUAAACUCAGCGAAUGCAGGUUGGCCAGAACACACCGCGUGCCCUGGCUGUGAAAUACAUAGAAGGAUCUAGGGCGCGUGUCAUGGCGCUUCGGCGAAAAGGUACGUAGAAAUGUGAUACGUGCGGGCGGCGCAGCGAUCGAGCGCUGGGCUUGGGAGCAAAUAGAAACACGUGGUGCGCGACCAGGCAACUAAGCCUGCACAGACAACAUACAAAAACCAUAUGACAAUCUGCUUUGAUUUCAUUAACUACACUCGCAAGUGCAGCUUAUCAAAAGCUAAAGAAACUUUCAAAAUAUAAAACCUUACAACACAGAAAAAUACACUAAAAUUUUUUUCUUAACAUACUUCUAAAACGUGCCAAACACGUGACCAAUAUUUAUUACAGUGUGCCCCUUUGUACAGAUCGUAUCAACCAAGUUGGAGCUCUAUUUAGAACAGAGUUCUUUUGAAUGUCUCUCCCCACAAACAUUGUCCGAGUUGAACAAGCUGCCCAGUGAUAUUGCAACCACUGUGUCAAACUAUCAGUUUAUAACAUCCUUGUAUGUAGCAUUUUGUGUGUAUAAGUUCCUUGAAUUUUACUUGAUGAAAUUUUGGUUACAUCUUGUUUAGUUGUAUCUUCAAGGUUUACACUGUAUAUUUAUGGCUACUUUUCCCCUACCUGCAUUGUGUUGCUAGAUUUUUGUAUAGUUAUUGUGUUAGUGCUCCUAGGGGGUACUUCGCACUUUCCUGUGGGUGGGUGUGUACGUGUGUGUACAUAACAGUCUUCCACCUACAUUAGUCGCCGCGUUGUCAGAAGCCUAAUGUGUAGUUGAUCGGGCUCCUGUACUGAGGUAACAGGGUUUGAAACCAACACUUGGACCAACUUAGGUCACCGACUAUGGGGGAAUGUAUACUGUAGGAACAGCGUGGCCUCGGAGUCUGGCAUCACACAGAAGGUCCCUCUCUAUAGCCUAUGCCACCAGUGCAUCUCGUAACGGGUAGCUGGCCAAUGCUACUGGGGUGUCGCAUGGAGGCUUAGCGGGCCCGUGCUGUUGUCUGAGAUUUCUUGAUGAAGGUAGCUUCUUCACUGAUGAGUACGAGGUUGAAAGGAUUAGGAAUGGAACAGGGGGUUUAUUCACAUUGAAAAGGCAAACUUAUUUACAUGGAACAAGCGGUACUCGCAUUGGCUGGAGCGCGGAGUACCAUACAUAAUUCUCGUAGCACACGCUACAGUUCAGAAGGCUACAUCUUUUUGGCAAGUACACAUCAGGGCACACUAGAACACAGGUGUCUGCGUUUAGGCCCUCUGUCCUUCCUAGAUCCCUAGGCCAGUGAAAAGUGCAGUUACACCAUCUUCAAAUCCAAGUGCUCAAAGCCGCCUUGAGGGUAAAUGUGCACACAAUAGCUCUGGAACAUUUGUUCCCUGAACACCAUCGCAUAAAUAUGCCCGGGCGCACACGACCCAUGUCCUUGUCCCAAAGAAAGGGUUGCUUGUGGACAGGGUUGUCACACUGGCCUCCAUUUGUGCAUCUUAGCUCCUGCUAUGGCCCAGUAGUGGCCGUAAUGAAGCCGCAUAUAACGCAUUUUUCUAGGAGUUUCUUGGUCUCAGCGUUGUGCCAUAAAUCAACCCCAUAGUCGUCAAGUGCGUUUUGCCUUGGUGUCACCGCUGGUCUGUUUGAGGCAAUGUAUUGUGAGCCUAAAGAAGCGAUUCAUCAUAGUAGGGCAGGAGAGGCUGGAAGGUCGCUCCCGCACUGGCAGAUCGUAACAGUACAUACAUACAUGCAGCUUUUCAAUGAACCUCUAACAUGUCGACAUGGGUCACUGUAGGUGCGCAACUGGAUAAGCACUGCGCUAUUUAAAGAAACUCAUUGAUGCCAACUUGGAGCACUGCGUAUGUACUACUAGCUCGGUAACGGCCUUUAAUGAAUCUCUUUGAUGUCAACUAGGUUCACUCAGUACGUGCCAAUAGGCAUGUGCCAUUGUACAAAGACGAAUUGAACCCAUGUAACAUAACUUGGCUUCGCGUAACUUGGUUAUGCCGAACACCAACGCUAAGGCCCUAUGCUUGAGCUGUGCACAACUUCGUUCUUCUUGUGUUAGAAGAUGGAACCCUAUAGGUUUGUUGAAGCUAGCAACACUAUGCUAAAGCCGCUAAAUGUAAUAAAAGUAGUGCCACCUCCUCCCCCUGCGGUGGCCCUGACUUUCUCCUCUGUCAACCGUGGUUCCCCCUACGCGGUGCUGAACUAGCCGACACUUCCAGCUGCACGUCUCUUGUCAACGCCAAGUAUACGGCAAGAACAAAAAGCGCAAAGCUAUAUCAGCCGUCAGCACUCCUUGUCGGGAUCGCAUGUUGCUUUCAAGGUAGGGUCCGCCCGGUGCAUAACGGUUUAACGUGGACGAAUAAGGCACUAAAGAGCAAUAAUGGCUUAUAAUGAUGGAAACGUCAUCAGUGCACUAAUGUGCUUACGUACCAUAACUACUUCACAAUGAAUGGCGAUAUGUUCAAAAGGUGCUGAUUGCAUACAUUCAAGCCAAAAAGAAAUGUAUAUGAAAUUUAUGACUAAGUCGACAAAAAGAUGUGCGUUUGAAGAUGACUUGAUUGAAGUCGGGCAAGAAAGUCGCAAAUAAAUGCAGCAGAAACAAGCGGCACUUAGGAGAGUGAAAAACUAACGUAGCCGCAUAAAACAAACGGCAGCAUAUGAUUAGUGAUGAGCAAAAGAAUCGCUCACUCAUCACACAGAGCCAGGACCAUUGCGUUGGGUUGAAAUCAGACCAGCUGAUUCUUUGAAGCCAGACCUUUCUCUGUGCAACGUCUUACUUGGUAGAUGGAAUACAGGAUUAUCACUACCAUCCCUUUCACUUGUGCUGCACCCGAAAGCACAGCAACGUGGCACCGUGAACAUGGAACUACACUACAAAAGCAUAAAGGAGGCGCUAAACGUAUUGCCUACGUAUGCCAUUCGCAACGUCUGGCAUCGCAAUGGCGGCGGAAGCAAAAAACAAAGAAAAAAGCAUGCGAGCACACGCUACGGCGUUCUGCAAAUGCAAGGGCCGAGUGUCGAGGGAAAGGAUGGAAGAGGAGGACGGUGGCAAUCUUCAAAGGAUGGAGCUACUUUUGAUCUUUAUUGGGCACUGUGCACGAUGGGGCAUUGUUCCUACAUAUGCAGAGAUGUGUCGAACUCGAGGCACAGCGACUUUGUUGCGUCAAACUGCGUCAGCAUUCUGACAUUUCAGAGGGCUUUCUUAGAUAGUUCCAAGGACUGUUGCUACUUUCAUUAGAAUUUCCAAUGGCAAUCCUUCUUCACAAGGUUGCGCAACGAAGCAAGCAUCAUUGCCAUGCUCGGCAGAAAACUGGUCUAAUAAGUAAGCAGACCUAUGUAAGAAUGCAGCUUCCUCACAUUCUUCCGACUUCGUGCUUUCAUCACAGCUUCCAGUGGAUGAAAUCCGUCGCUGGUGAUCUUGUGUUCCAGAUAUGGUACUUCUGAUUUCAUGAAUGCACUUACCCUUACCCAUUUAGAUGCCACAUUCAUGGAAAUGAUGGAAGACUGCCUUGAGAUUGACCCACUGUUGCAUUUCCGUUCCAAAAACCUCGAACUCAUUCAUACAUGCUUGCAGGCCUGUAAGACCACCAAGCAUAUUUUCCAAGGUGCGUUGAAAGGUAGUUGGUGUGUAAGACACUCCAAAAAGUAGGCGGUUGAAGAAAAGCAAUUCUUUGUGGGUACUAAUGGUCUUCAACUUCUUUCACAUUUUAUCCAAUGGAACCUGGUUAAAGGCACCGUGCAAGUCUAAGGUGCUGUAGAAGUCUCCAUUGUGCACUUCUGCGAAAAUAUAAUCGAUGACUGGAAGCAGAUUCUGUUCAGUGAUGCAUGCUGCAUUCACAAUUAACUCAUGGUCACCACAGAUCCUCACGGAUCCAUCUUUCUACAGCACUUCUGGCUCGAAGACAUCUUGACACUCUGAAAAAACUUCUACGAGCUCCUUGUCGUCUCGUCUGCUGGUACUGCUCAGGAUCAGGACUGCUGCAUCUGGGUUGUUCAGGGCUCGAAUGAGGUUGCGACCACAUAAACAUGGCCCUGAAUGAUGAAUUACAUUCAUCGAGGCAGCAAGGGCCUUACACUCUCAGGAAACUGUCAGCGUAAGCUUACCAGCGAUAGCUAGCAGUCCCGGUAGGAGGACAACCUCAAGUCUGUGUUUUCCGUUUAAGGCUACAUUGUGCAGUACGUGUUGUAGACAUCAUACGGAAUAACACAUAACGGUGCCUCAAUAUCUAUUUUCACUGACGCCACUUCAAAAGAACAUGUGCUGCACGGCACAGAUGAUUUAGUUACUCAGCACCAAUGCUUGGCUUUUGCUGAUUGUGAAGAGUUGAGAACAUGCCUCAUUUCUGUCGGGGCUUCCAAUUAAAACGAAGGUGUUCAGUUUCUUGCUGCUUACUGUAUGCUAGUCAGGUAUAUGCUCCUUUCAGCCGCACUCGAAACACUUCACAUUCUUGAACGUGCAGGCUUUCCGAGUUUUGUGUUUGUACCUUCUCCACUCUUUACUUUCUUGCCUAUUUGUGCUUCUUGCUGAUCACCUGUCCGUCAGCUUAUUCAGUUUGGAUGUCUUCACGUUAACCGUCUUCAUGAGCUUGAUGCCUUUACCCAAAGCUUCUGCUGCCAGCACCAUUCUUUCAGCUUCCAUCAAGGUCAAGCUCCCACGAGAAACCACUGCUUUCUGCAAUUUUUGCUUUGGAUUCCACAUACAAUCUUGUCCCGUUGUUAGGUCCAACAUUUCACCAAAGUUGCAUAUGUCAGCAUGUCGUCGAAGCUUGACAAUGAACUGCUGGGCUGAUUUGUCUCCGUUUUCGACACUAGUAAAAACUCCGAAAUUUUCCGCAAUCUUGUUGGGCUUAGGGUUCUAAAAGCACACCAGAAUUUCAACCGUCUCCUUUUAGGUGAGCUGGUUUGCCUUAGAAUAAGAACAUCACCCAGUGAGUACUUCAAUUCACUUUGAUCUUGUAGCCAAAACAAAAAGCAUUCUCUUCUGUGCAUACCUUGCAAUGCUGCCACCCUCAAACUAAAAGACAAUGCGAAUGACGCAUAGUGACGCAAUGACGCAAUGUGACGUACAAAGUGCACUUGUCCGUGCCGGAGCCAAAUGGUAGUACUUGUUAUGACACUGCACAAGCAGCAAAGGCCUUGCUUUUCAAUAUGUGGGUACAUUUCCCGUCACCAUUGGUACACCACGCUUGGAGGCUGACAACACAGUAUCCAAGACACAGCAAACGUAGGUUGCCAGAACAAGAAUAAUUUAUUUUAUGGCAGCUGUCUUUCAAUAGCUACAGUCAAAAUGAGACAAACAAAUAAAAUCAACUAAAGCUCAAUGGAAGCGUAAAGAAGCGCACAAAACAUAGCAGGAAGCUAUGCACGCACACUGACAGCAGUCUACUUUGCAGCAGUUGACUAUAUGCAUAAGAAUACACUAUUAGUAAUGAUGAAGCCAUAUCCUUGAUACUAGAACCAAAGCUUUAUAUUUGUCUUAUAACGGUUCUUCAACACUUGCAAUGUGCUCUUGAAUGAGAAGUAAAAUCUGCUGUUUACGAAAAAAGUUCGGAAAGCUGAACUAGUAUUGAAAGGGUCCCUUGCCCUUGUGAUGACGUAGGUGCCUAGUAAGGUUACUUCUGAAUGUAAACGUGUUAGGACAUAAGUGGCACUGAAAUGGCCUCUCGCCUGUGUGGAUAGGCAGGUGUAUAGUGAGAUUACCCUUGUACUUGAAGCUCUGAGGGCACAAAUGGCAUUUAAACGGCCGCUCGCCCGUAUGUACCCUGAUGUGUGCUUUCAGAUUAGAAAUUUUACCAGACUUAUAGUCGCAGAAGUUACAGUGGUGGCAGCGUCCCUGAUGCGACUUCUCAAUUUUCGUUGUUGCAACUUGACAGCUGGAAGGCCUCGAUGCUGCAUGAACAAAUUAGAACAGGUUACCAUAGUGAUGCUUUUCAUUUGAAAACAAAAUUGUAAUCAUUAACUGCCAACGCAAAAACAUAGCAUAGAUACUAAUACUAAUGAUCGCUCUUUUUCUUCAUUGAAGAAGUAUUGAUGGUAAUUUUAGAUGAGGCCAAACAGAGCAUGGCUGGUUAGCGAUUUUUGAUUUGCCUAAUAUGAAUUUUCCGGUUUACAAGCUGCACCUUUGUAUAAAUCGCACCCCGGCCCCUCAAAACGGCAGUUUUUCUGAACAAAAUAGUAUACAAUUCACACCGGUGUAUAAGACGCACCUGUUCAGUGGGUAAGCAAUUUAAAAAAAAAAUAAUACGGAGGCGUUUCACUUCGUUAAUGCGGCUCAUGCGCAAGCAAUCUUAUACACACCCCAGGCAUAUUUCUGCCAUCGUGGUCGCCACAAUGUACCAUAUAAAGUUGAAUAGUGAUAACAUCAACCUUUUGCGCCAUACAUGCUGUAUGUGCGAGUGAAAGCGUGUGACGGUGAGCCGAAUUGCGCACAAGGAUGGAAAGCGGGAAGGCGGCAGCGCAGGAGCUGGCUCGUACUCUGGUAGCAAGUCCAUAGUUUGUGCAAAAGCGCGCGCCGUAUCUUGGAAGCGAUCUACAGAUGCAAUGACAUCAGAGUCGGUCGACUCGCGGCAUGCCGCCGCUAGCGUUGCUGCUCAGUCCUUCUCGCACUGUGCUCCUCAACCACUCGACUAUGGGAUUACGGGGAUUGUGGAAUUAUUGCAAGCUGCUGUCACCGAGUUUUCAGUUUCUUUCUCUAAGAAACCUGAAGUCUAAUGCCAAAACAAGAAGUCUGGUACAUAAGCUCCCUUUGUAA